GUGAAAACCUCAUCACGAGAAAGGACACGUGGUGGUUUGCUUCUUUAAAAUGUUUCCUGCUUUUAUCUUGUCAAAAUCACAGCUAGCAAGAGCGUAACAAACACAAAACGAAUGCUAUGAUCUUCUAAGCGGUUAUUGUACACCAUGGCCAAGCUGUGGCGUGAGGGUCACUCCACCGCCAUCUUGUGCGUGUGCGCAUCCCCAGGCCCGGAGACACUUGUCGCCUCAGGUUCAGAAGGCGGCGAGGUGGCCAUUUGGAGCCAAGAAGGAUGCGUCGUCGCUCACCUUGACCUCCUGGGCGGGGAUGACUGCACCAGUGUCGUGUUUUCUCCUGCAGCGCCGAGCCUGCUCUACGCCUCGCACGGCGGCACGGUCAGCGUGCUCGACCCCCGGAACCUGAAGGGCGCCGUUAAGGAGUUCGCCAAUGCUGGGGAGGAGGAGAUCAACGCGUUGGCACUGAACGAGAGCGGUUCGACUCUGGCGCUGGCCGACGACUCCGGGACGGUCCGGAUACUGGAACUUCCCGAGGGAAAAGUGUGCAGGACACUUCGCAGACACACCAACAUCUGCUCUUCGGUGGCUUUUAGGCCGCACAGGCCCAACAACGUGCUGUCCGCUGGACUGGACAUGCAGGUGAUGCUGUGGGGUCUGCAGAAGACACGGCCCCUUUGGACCCUCAACCUCCAGGACAUAGCAGAGGACGAAGAUGACCGCCUGCAGCGUCCCGGUCAGCUUUUUAACCCUCCCCUGGCCCACUGCGUCUCAGUGGCCAGCUGCGGAAACAUCGUAGCUUGCGCCGCAGACGAUGGCCGGGUGCACCUGAUGCGGGUCGGCAAUGGCUCCAAACUGGAGCAGCAGGGGGCGCUCAAGGCGCACAGCCAGGGCGCCUCCCAAGCUCAUUUCGUCCCGUUCCUCUCGCACCCGUACUGGCUGACUUCGGGGGGCAACGACGGCCGCGUGGCUCUGUGGGACGUCAGCAAGCACCCCGUGGUUACUCCAGAGGGGAAGGCCAAAAUCAAGGGUGCGGUCGCCCCACGCAGGAAGGGUAAAAGCAAGGCCAAGAGAAAAGGAGAGGAGGCACGAGAGGACCAUGAGGCUGACGUGGAGGUGACGGAGAAGUCUGGACCCGAGGUGAACAUCAACCAUGGGGACAAAAUUAACUGGUUGUGUCCUGCUUUGCUCAAAGGAACGCCAAGUCUGCUUGUGGCCGAUCAGAGUUCAAGUCUGACUGUUUAUCCUCUGGCUGAGCCGUAGAGGAUGCUGCUUCAGUCAUCCUUGCAUCUACCUACACGGACUGAAUUUUACAUUAGAAAUAUCUCAUGGCACACCCACAAAAAAAAAAUAACAAAGUUGACGAUCAGCACUUGUGAUUCCUCAUAGGGAAAAAACUCCAAGUAAGGACCAUGAUGUGACACCAAACUGGACUAUUACAAAAAUAUCGGAAUCGGGUGAGAAUAAUAGAGAGCGUUAAAUAUUUCAAAAGGCUGUUUGUAAUAGCCGGGUUUUUUUUUUUUUUUUUUUGUCAUUCUGAUUGAAAUGGUCAUUCUGUUAACGAGCUACACAAGUUUUUCAUCGACAGAGACUCCACACUUUGUUUUCUAUCCAUCAGCCACUGACAUAUUGAGAUACAGUAUGUCAAUUGUUUUCACCAUCCUCUUAACUUCAAACAUUUUUUCUUUUACUUCUAUCGAUGUGCUGAUCUUUUUGAAGUGUGCGCCUUGGCCACCUGGGGGUUAGAACUGCCCACAGUUGCUCAGUAAGUUGCAGUAAUAGUUGUUCUUUGGUGCCGGUAAACAGUAUUUACCAGAGUAUUUUAAUUUCAUGUGUUUACAUGUUUUGCUCCACAGGUAGUUUUCAAUUGUCCAUUGCUUAAAGGGUUAAAACACUGAUACUUACAAAUUUGGUAUCCCGUCUAUGGCCUUUCUGAUUGUGUUUCCAUGAAGUUAGCGGACUUAAAGACAAAAGUCUUGUCGUUUUAAAUACUUUGUUGUAGUUUUAUGUUUGGUUUGAGAGUAAACUUCAAUUGGGAGUAGGAUUGAA